GGGCCUCUAAUUCUGGACAGUCCAUAUAGUUUAAUAGAUAGAAAGAUAAUCAAAUAGAGAAAUAGAAAGAAAAUUAAAAUUUCUCAUAAUGAAACUCGUCCUUCUCCUUUUGGUAUUUAUUACACUAGUUGCGGCAAAGAAAUCCGGGGAUGUAACGGAGCUGCAGAUCGGUGUGAAGUAUAAGCCUGCAACUUGUGAGGUUCAGGCCCACAAGGCCGACAAAGUGAAAGUACACUAUAGGGGAAAGCUUACGGAUGGAACUGUUUUUGAUUCGAGCUUUGAAAGGGGUGAUCCUAUUGAAUUUGAGCUUGGUAGUGGUCAAGUGAUUAAAGGAUGGGACCAAGGGCUGCUAGGAAUUUGCUUAGGAGAGAAGAGGAAGUUGAAAAUUCCUUCUAAACUUGGUUAUGGGGAUCAGGGGUCGCCUCCUACCAUCCCAGGGGGUGCUACACUUAUCUUUGACACGGAGCUGGUAGGAGUCAAUGGGAAAACAACCGGUGGGAAAUCAAAUGACAGUGAACUGUAACUUAAAAGAGUCCUUUCUGUAGUUCCUCGUAGCCUUCUUGAGAGUUCUCGGGUUUUAAUUUACCUAGUAACACUAGACGGGAUAUUUUGUUUGCGUUAUUUUGUUUAUUUAAGUAGUUCCUGUGUCUCAUUUUGAAAAUCUUCAUAAAGUGGUCUACGGACUAAGUUGGUUCGUUUGUCCUCCUGAGGAAUGCUAUUAACGUUGUUUUGGAACAAAAAGGUCACCUAACUCUUUAAUAAUUAUUGCCAUGAAGGUAUCGCUCA